GAUUGAUGAGAAAGGACAGAAACGGUCUUUGCGUGUUUUAAUACAAGGUGGUAAGAAGUGGUUAAAUUCAGGAGACCAGUGGAUGGAAACCUAAUUUUAAAAAUGACCAUGAACAUCAUAAAACCAAACAGAUAAACAGGAAAAAUGAUGAAUAAUUGAUGGGUAAUAUAAAAAAAACUUUGACCUAAACAGGGUGAUAUAAAUGGAAAAUGUGCUGAUCGAUAUUAAAGAACAGAUAAUAACAAUCACUAAGCCCUCCAGAGAUUACUUAGAAAGUUAAGACUCUUGCAGCUGAUUGGUUGAGGACCCCCCUCCCUCCCCAUAUGCUGAUAAACUUGCGUGUAUAAAACUGCACGAAAAAUUAAAGAAUUUUAUCCGUUCUUGUGUCUUCGGCUGAGUUCAAGGAACAACAAAGAUGUGGAAAUUGGCUUUUCUUUUGCUCGCAGCCCUGUUUGCUGUUGGGUUUAGUGUAGACACGGAAGGUUUUGUGGAGAUGAAAGCCAAUGAUCAGGGAGUCCAGACAGCCCUGAAGUUUGCCAUGGAUGAAUACAACAAAGCCUCCAGAGAUAUUUACUUCUACACAGUGGUGAAGGUGAUCCGGGUUCAGAGAAAGUUUCAGGACGGUUACAAGUACAUCCUAACUGUGAUGAUAGAAAGAACGGAGUGCAUCAAGGACAGCAUGGACCCAGUGUGUCCUGUCUUCACUGAUCCCAUUUGGAAAAUGACUUAUCAAUGCACAUUUGUUGUGUACAACAGUGCGUGGUUCCAACGAUGGAUGUUGCUGGAGAAGAAGUGCUACUAACAGAAAACCACACGGAUUCAUCUGGAUUGAAGUUGUUUACAGAUAAACCUGAACUGUUAAGCACUAAAAAACAUUUGACCAAUAAAACCUUU